AUGGGUCUCGGCUGGGACGAUCCUCUCGACGAGGGGGCGAGACAACUGUGGCGCGAGUACGAGGCUGCUCUUCCCCGUCUGCGGGAUGUACGAAUUCCGCGACGAUUGGACACCGGUUUGUUGAGCGGUGACAUGGAGCUCCAUGGCUUUGCCGACGCCUCUGAACGCGCCUAUGCUGCUGUCACCUACUUGCGGACGGGCUCUGGUGCGUCCUGGAGGACCUGCCUUAUCGCGGCCAGGACAAAGGUCGCGCCCUUGAAACCUGUGACUCUGCCCAGGUUGGAGUUGUGCGCUGCUACACUUCUUGCAAGACUGGCGGCGCAUGUCCGAGCUACGCUCGGUCUUGACCGGACGGCGAUGCAUUUGUGGUCGGACUCUACGGUCACUCUGGGCUGGGUACGCGGCCACCCGACUCGAUGGAAGACCUUUGUAGCCAACCGCGUUGCUGAGAUUCAGACCAGGGUCCCUGACGCUCAGUGGCAUCAUGUGCCUGGCCCGGAGAAUCCGGCGGACUGUGCGUCCCGCGGACUUGCGCCGGGAGAGCUGGUGCAUCACCCGUUUUGGUGGCGUGGUCCGGGUUGGCUCCAGGCGGAGUCGACGUCCUGGCCGGAUGCUGAUCGGGGGACUCCUGGUGACGGCUGGCCGGAGGAGAGAGUCCGCGUGCAGGCAGCUAAGACCACGUCCGUCGGCGUGGAGGAGCCUGCUGAGCACUUGCGCUUCUCGAGCCUCGAUCGCCUGCUGAGAGUGACGGCGUGGUGCAGGCGGUGGCUUCGUCUUAGACCGGUUGCUGCGCCGGCGGCCUUGGAGGAUGGCCGGGAGCGGCGUGGCGAAGAGUUAUCGGCUGAUGAACUAAAGGAGGCAAGGAUGGCUUGGGUUCGGCGGGUCCAGGCUGACUACUACCAAGUAGAGCUGAGCGUCGUGCGACGGGGUCGGUUUCUGCCAGCGUCCGGCCCUCUUGCACGAUUUACUCCCUUUUUUGAUAGUCAAGGUCUGCUGCGCGUGGGUGGUCGCCUCAAACACGCGCUUCUCGCUUAUGAUGAGCGACACCCGGUGCUGCUGCCCGGGGACUCUCAUCUUGCCAGGUUGGUGGUGGAGGACUGCCACCGGCGAACAUUACACGGCGGGGUCCAGAUGACCCUGGGUAUGAUUCGCCAGCGAUACUGGAUCCCCCGGGGACGAGCGGUAAUGAAGACGUGGCUGCGCCGUUGCGUGGUUUGCGUGCGAUGGCGGGCCGCCAUCCCCCGGCAGCUGAUGAGCAGCCUCCCGCGGGAGCGGGUGACAGCGGGGAGACCCUUCCUCGACACCGGAGUCGACUAUGCCGGCCCGGUUCAUCUGCGAACGACCAAGGGACGAGGUCAGCGGACUUACAAGGGCUUCAUCGCGGUCUUCGUCUGCCUGUCAACCCGUGCCGUGCAUUUGGAGGCGGUGUCCGACUACACUGCCGACGCCUUUCUGGCGGCCUUGCGUCGGUUCGUGGCUCGCCGCGGCCUCUGUCGUACGCUUCGUAGCGACUGCGGAACAAACUUCGUCGGCGCCGAUGCGCAAUUGCGGAGUUUUUUCGCCGCUGAUAGCCCUGAGUUGCGUCGGAUCGUCGGACGGCUUGCGAGCGAUCGUAUUAAGUGGCUAUUCAACCCUCCGUCAGCGCCUCAUUUCGGCGGAAUCUGGGAGGCCGCCGUCAAGUCCUUGAAGCACCACCUGCGGCGAGUGCUGGGGGACUCGACCCUGACCUUCGAGGAGAUGAGCACCCUCCUCGCUCAGGUGGAAGCCUGUCUAAAUUCACGACCGCUCCAGGCCUUGUCCGACGAUCCUGAUGACCUCGCCGCCCUCACGCCGGGUCAUUUCUUGGUGGGAUCUCCUCUUACGGCCGUGCCUGAGCCUUCAAUGCGGGAGUUGUCGGCGAACCGCUUGACUCGCUGGCAGCUUCUGCAACAAAUGCGUGACCAUUUCUGGGACCGAUGGUCCCGUGAGUAUCUUCACUCCCUCGUCCAUCGACCGAAGUGGCGGAGGGAGGUCGCAAAUUAUCGAGUGGGACGCCUGUGUCUCCUCCGAAAUGAGAGCACUCCGCCGUUGCGCUGGCCACUCGCGCGAAUCGUGCGGUUGCACGUAGGGGAGGAUGGACAGAUCCGCGUCGUCACUGUCCGGACGGCUGCGUCGGAGUUCACGCGACCAGUCAAACUCAUAUUAUUGCCGGUUGGAGAGGGCGAUCAGAACCAGGAGUCGCUUGACUAGCGCCGAGAGUGGUUUCCGGAGACGCUUUAGCAUUUUGUAAUUAUCAUUAAUUCGACUAGCUAAUCUUUAAUGUCAAUAUUUUACUUGGGCAGCUUAAAUCUAAUCAGGAAAACAGCUUGCGUGCGGAGAGCCCUGCUGAAUUUCGCUCGUGCCCCUUGUCGUCAUUUUGCCUUUUGUUUGUCAACGUUCAUCGAAAAAUUUCAAAAAAAAAAAAUUCAUCCGCUUGUCACUAUAUCACAUCGAGCUUCCAAGCGUCGCGUACUUGCAGGACUUCAGCUGAUCCACCAUAGGUCAAUCAUAGGGCCACGCGAGGAAGUCGAAUGCA